AUGGAGACACUCGGCCGGAGGGCGGCAAGGGGCGAGGAAGGGAGGGAGGGCAAGGGAAAGGAAAGAAAAAAGCUUGUCGAGCGGCACGAAGAGCCGGCACAGACAGUACGAAGAACAAGGAGAAGAAAAACGGGAAGUUCUUCAGCGGGCUGCGUACUCGGAAUAGAAUAG